AUGCCAGGACUUCUCAUCGACCCCGAGACCGACUUCAAGACUCUGAAGAUCAAGGAGCUUCACCCUACCUUUGCCGCCGAGAUCGAAGGUGUCGACUUUUCGAAGCCGAUUCCAGAUGAUGUAUUCAACGAGAUUCUCGCGGCGUCAGCGAAGUACGGAGUUAUAGUCUUCCGCAGGACUGGCCUGGACGAUAAAGGGCAUGUCGAAAUUUCUCGCCGCUUCGGCGAUCUGGACGAUAUCAGACCGUACAUGACGAACGGCCGAAAGCCACGAUACGAGUAUUAUGAACUCUUCGACGCCGGAAACAUCGACCCGGACACCGGCACUGUCUUAUCGCCUGACAGCCCACGAGCUCAAUACAACAAAGGUAAUGCUCUUUUCCACGUCGACUCAUCUUUCAACCCCCGCAGGGCAUCAUACUCCAUCCUGAAAGCUCACGAGCUGCCGCCACCCAAUACUGGAGGAAAUACCGGCUUCGCGGACACCCGAACGGCAUUUGAUGAACUGGAUCCAGAGCUCAAAGCGGAGCUUUUGGAGCACGACUAUAUCGGUGCGCAUUCCCUAUACUCAUCUCGCAAAAAGGCCGCGCCCGAGUUUUUCAAAGAUGUCGACGUCAAUGCUUAUCCCAUGCACAAGCAUCGCAUCGUGCAGAAGCACGAGCCUUCGGGGAGGAUGAAUCUUUACAUUGCAGCUCAUAUGGAUCAUGUGGUUGAUGUGCCGCCGGAGAAAUCGACGGAGCUGAUGGAGAAGCUCAUGGCACAUGCCACCCAGGACAAAUACACCUUGAGCAUUCCUUGGAAUGACCCUGGUGACAUGGUCAUCUGGGACAAUACAUGUGUGAUGCACCGCGCUGAAGGCGGCUCCUUUGCUGGGAAGUACAGGAGAGACCUGCGAAGGACGACCGUGCACGAUGCCAGCAGUCAAGCAUGGGGUUUGAACCCAGUGGAAUCCAAGAGACCAGGUUUCGCGGUGACUGCUCUGUAG